AUGGCUUUCUUGACCCAUACGUCUGGAUUGUCUCGGCCACGCCUGGUGCUGCUGCUUCUCCUGGAAAUCCCCAGGGCUGGGGCCCAGAAGUUCCAGCUGCUGCAGCCCCAGGGCGCCGUGUCGGUGUCAGCGGGAGAGACCCUCACACUGACCUGCUCUGUGACUGGCCCCGCUCCAGUAGGACCCGUGAAGUGGUUCAAGGACUUGGGCAGGGGCCGGCAGCUUGUUUAUGCAGAGACGGGAUUUCCCCCGGUGAUGCAGGCUGUGAGUGGCUCUUGCACAGACUUCACCAUCCACAUCAAUGGCACCCGACCCAAGGACGCCGGGACCUAUCGCUGCGUGAAGGUUAAGAAGGCGUCAGGACCCGAUGAGAAGAUCGGAUCCGGUGCUGGCACGAACGUGACUGUGAGCGCCAGCCCCUCGGCUCCGUCCGUGUCCGGCCCCCCCAGCAGGGCAGAGCUGGGUCCCUCAGUGACUUUCACUUGCAAGUCAGGAGGAUUCUCCCCCAGAGAUAUCGCUGUGACCUGGCUCAAAAAUGGGGCCAAACUCCCAGCCCCCGAGCCCCGCAUUCUCCCUGAACACGAGAGCGUCUCCUACAACAUGUCCAGCACCGUGUAGAGCCUGACCCCAGGAGACGCCCGCUCCCAGCUCACCUGUCAGGUAGAGCACAGCACCUUACCGGCUCCCCUGCGUGGGACUUACCACCUCAGCGAUGCCCUGCGAGUUCCACCGAGGCAGCGAGUGGGCACUGACCCACCAGCGCCCGUCGCAGUGAACGAGUCUGUGACAUUCCCCUGCCGUGAGGAGGGGUUUUAUCCGAAGGACGUGAGUCUCCCCAGGCUGGAGAACGGAAAUGAGAGGUUAGGAAAGUAAUCCCCCAUGGCUGAGAAUCCAGACGGGACGUACACGCUCCAGAGCUCCCUGGAGAUGAACUCAACUGAGCAGAGGAAUCCGUCCGUGUUCACCCGGGCGAGUGAGACACUCAGGCUCUCCGUGGCGCCUGGUGGAGUUGCCUAGAUUUGUCCCAGGCAGGCAAAGGGGC